AUGUCUAAUUUGGAAAAAAAAGAUUCUUUUGAUUAUUUAUUGAAAGAAGAAGUAACAAAGAUUUCUCAAGGGAUACUGGAUUAGGAAAUAAAAAUCUAUCAAUACGAUAAUUUAAGUAAUGCUCAAAAAAAAAGUAAUACAAUAUGCGAUACAAUCUUGAUCAAAUUAAAAGACUUAAAUAAUAAUAAGCAGUUUAAAUUCAUAGUUAGUUGCCUUAUACUUUAAAAAGCUGAUUAUAUUAUAAACCUCUCUGCCUCUUGUUAUUGGGAUAAUAAUACUGACGGAUCGGUAGCAAUAAGACAAGAGAGUGAAAAUACUGUUGCAAUAGUAAAUAUAUUUGCCUUAGGUGUCUGA